AUGUUGGCCUUUACAAUCUGGAGCUUCCCUAGCGUCGCAUUUUUCUGGCACCCUGCGGCCGGUGUGUUUCCUUCUGUGGAAAACAUGUCCAAGCUAUCUGAGAGCAUACCGAGAUAUCUCAACCCACAUCUCCCACGACAACUCUGCAAUAUUCCUGUCGCUCGACGUCUUCUUUCAUGCCCUGACCCUAUCGAGAGACAACAUGUGCCAAGUUCGAGACAACAAACGACAGCAACAGAGAAAUGGCGAGAAGAUUACACUCUUCUCUCAUCUCUCGACUUUGUUGGCUUGGAUGCUAAGAAAAAACACUCAAGUCCAGCAGUUGACCGCAUCCACCAACGUACUUCUUACCUCUUGCAUCAAACAAAUAUCGAACAGAGCAGCAUUACUCGCUAUAUCGACAUGGUUGAAGCAGGCAACAAACAGAUAUCGAGUCACUACGAUGCCAUCUCCAAGCAAUUGCAAUUCACUUCUCGCUUGCAUAGCUCGUGGUCCAAGAUGUUUUAUCCCGAUGUUCCUGGUGGUCCGGUGUGGCUUCUUGCAAAGUCGAACAAUGAGAUACAGAAGUUGGCCACUAGUGCCGAGCAUUUGGAGCAAAUCUGCAACGACCAACUGGAUGACGUUCUAGAGGUGCUGGUCUCCACUGCAGCAUCACACCAAGAUACCAAAAGACCUUUGUUCCAUCCUCGGCAAUCAAAUCCCGAAGGACAUCAUUUAGUGAUUGGAUUGAGAAAGGGUUUAGCAUUACUGCAAGGAUUUCGCGAAGAUCUAGAGCUUGAGAGGGCUAAUAUGGUAUAA